AUGGUAAAAGGAUGCAUGCUCAGAAUGGGUUAUCAGGGAGCACUGAAUGUCGGAAAUUAUUUAAAGUCAAAAUUCCAGAAACCCUACAAGUUCCUGAUUCACAGUAUUUUGAUGUCACUCAGUCAUACGAAGGGGAGUUAUGAUACAAUGCGUGACUACCAAAUGAACAUGGUUACUGCGUUAGUGCUGAACAAGAAAUACAACUUUUCGCAUAUUGUAUUCCACUACAUGACAGAGAAUAUCAGAACGAAGAGCAAGACAUGGAUGUAUCCUCGAUUCGUGCAGAUGUUGAUCGAUCACGCUUAUCCAGAAACUGAUCGAAAUAUAAAGGAUGACUUGUUCGUACAAUCACAUAUGAGCAACGAUUCGCUCAAACAGCUUGCGAGAUAUCAUCCUAAUCACCCUGAACCAAAAGUUGGUGCUGAAUUCUUCGGGUUUAUAAAGGAUGCCAAUUAUGUUGAUCCUGGUCCAGUUGAUCACAAAAACUGGAGAAACGAAGAAGAGAUGAAAGAGGCAGCCUAUGCUGAAGAGCUGAAAACUCUUGCGGAGUUUAAAUACAUCAAAAAUGAAUGGUUUGUCAAAGAAACAGGGAGGAGACGCAGAAAGGCCACUCCUAAAAUUCAAGAGGGUGAAGGGUCGUCAUCAAAACCAAAGAAAAAGCAAAAGAAAGCCGCAGAAACGUUAUUGAUUGAUGAACCUGAAGAAGAUGAGCCAGUUGUAGCUGCGGAAGACGAUCCGUAUAAUGCUGGUGAAGAUAUGAUGUUUAAUGUUGAUGUCUUGGAAACUGGGCCAACAGUGACUGCUGAAGUUGAUCAAGCGGUUAAUGUCGAAGCUGGAAAAGAGAAGGUUAUUGAUGACAUUAAGGGUGAUGAUGUUGAUAAGAGCACUACAAGUUCUUCGAGCUCUUCAGAUGAUGAGAUUGACGAGACUGAACGUUUAAGAAGAGUUCAGGAAGCAACAGAACAAGAGAAAUUGUUGAGGAAAAGAAAGAGACAUGAAAAAGAUGACGAUGAUGCUUAUGUUCCUUCUCCAGAACAUGUCUCUGAGUCACAAUCUCCUUCAGUAGGUCGAAAGAAAGCUGGAGCACGAAAGAAAGUGGUAUCUCCAAAGAUCCGAAAGGUUACACCGAAGAUUAAAAUGCCAAAGAUUGUCUUAAAGAAGAAGCCUUCCAAAGAAACCAGGAAACCACCAACACCACCACAUGAGUCAACACCACCUCAAUCACCAAUUCAAUCACCACCACGACAACCUACACCUCCACAGCAACCUUCACCACCAAAACAACCAACACCACCCAGACAACCAUCACCUUUACAUCUUUCACCACUACAUCUUUCACCACCACCAUAA